ACGAUAACAUUCCGUCGUAAAGUGUUACCGGCGGACACGGUGACCGAUUUUCCGCUCAACAAAUGCUACUAUUUGUUGUUCCCGAUCGGUGGUGGCCGCGUGCUGGCAAGGAAAAGUCAGGAUUUCCAGAAUCCGAAGACACCGAUUGGCUAUCAUGACUUGUAUCAACCGCGAGUAUCUCGCACCAAAAUUUGCAUCUGUGAUCAGAAUGGAGUGCCGAUAGCCUCAGAAGAUGCACCUCCAGCCGUGCGUUCUCGACGUCAAGCUCAGGAUCCGUUCGAUUUGCAGGUCGAUCCUUUCGUCGACACGCCACAAAUCACCGAAUCAGGUUUGUAA